GGAGACCCACAUUGACAAUCCCUACUCGCACAUUUUUCGAAGAUAGCGCGAUUGCACCAGCGAGAAUAAGUCCGCUCGGAUCGACCGAACCAGUUAUUCUCCUUCGUUCUCCCGAGAAAACAUAUCACACGUGAAAGCAACAGUCAUGCGGAUCUCAGUGCCGGCAUACGUAUUCAUUUUAACGUCGGCCACGUUUUUCUUAUCCGUCAUACCACCGGCGACGAGUAACCCUCAGGAUGGAAGCCUGCGAUCGCAAUUGGGUUGCGUCUGCGUUCCUUACUACCAAUGCAGUAGCGAUAACACGGUAAUCACGGGCGGUGAGGGUUUGAUCGACAUCAGGAGUUUGCAAACGGGUCCCGAUCAGAUCGAGGAUCUUUGCGACGAUUAUUUGCAAGUUUGUUGUAAAUUACCGGACUCCGUGCAGUCGCAAAUUGAAAAAUCAGAAUCCAGUUGCGGGCUGAGUCGUCCCCGAAGACUUCAACUGCAGGUUCCUCGACUCGACGCCGAAGAAGCCUACCCGGGUGAAUUUCCGUGGAUGGUCACCAUAUUCCGCACCAAAAUCGUACAACGGAAAAACGUUGCCGAGAGGGUGAAGGUCUAUCAGUGUCAAGGGACUCUCAUUCACGAGAAGGUAGUCCUGACCACCGCACAGUGCGUCAAGGGCUGGAAAUCCGGAAACGCAAGCGACCCGCUAUCGAUUCGAGCCGGACAAUUGGACACCAUGACUACGAAGGAGGAAUUCGACUAUCAGGAGCGCGAUGUGCAGAAAGUCGUGGUACACAAAAACUACAACGCCCAAAGACUGAAUAAAAAUGUCGCCCUGCUCGUUCUGAAGAACCCAGUGACCAUAGGAAGGGACGUCGAUAUCACCUGUCUAGCGAAAUAUAGGGACGUCGAAUUGGAUCUCCAUAAUUGCGUCACGAUCGGCUGGGAUAAAUUUUUAUCGCCGGAGGACGCUUACUUCCAGAGGAGCCAGGUGAACAUAUUAAAAAAACGAAUCGAACCGUACGUGGCUACCGCUGAGUGCGUCAGACUCCUUCGCAACACUCCGCUCGGCCGACGUUUCAAACUUGAGAAUAGUUUUAUUUGCGCCGGUGGAAACCCAGCGAAAACUUUCUGCUCGCGUGAAAUUGGAGGGCCGUUGGCGUGUCCGUUGAAAAACGAGCCCGACCGAUACGUGCAACUUGGUAUCGCGUCCUGGUGCAUAAGUUCCGGUAAUUACCAGACGCCGAGUAUCUUCGCGAACGUUCUUCAAAUCCGAAGAUGGAUCGACAACCAAAUGAACAAACUGCAUCUCAAUUCCUCCGUCUACGACGCCAGGAGAUCAUGAGGAGGCGUUAAGUAAUUAAAAUACUCGAAGACUGAUUCUGUGCCAAUUGAUAGUAAACAGGGUUUCGUAUUUUAAUUCCAUAGGGAUUUCAAAUAACACAACUGAAUUUAUUUUGCUGUA